AUGCCCCUCGCGAAUGCUAUCCGUCUUGCGUUUGACUUUCUCGAUCCCGCAUCCAUUGAAAACCUGGAAUCCAACCCGAUAGUCAUCAAUCACCGUGUCUUACCCAUAUUCCGGCCUCGUUUCGUUGUGCCAGAGUUCGGGUAUGACAUCGCUAUCACUGGUUGUGGCGGAAUCCAGGGUUUUCAGGGUGGGAUGGAUGCAGUCAUUCGCGAGACUAUCGGUCCUCGCUCAAUUAUUCGGAGCAGGAUGGAACUGAAUGGUGACGCUUACAUCGUCAUCAUGGAUAGCUUCGAAAACACUGUUCGCCUGCUCAACACCGACCUACCUCUGCCCCGGGGUGUACCUCCCUACGUCACCAUUUCAAAACCCAUGUACCUCUUCUUCUUCAACUUGCGUGGAUGUCCAGCCUCUCCUACUUAUCUUCACAGUGAAAAUUCAGCCACAGCCUCAGCCAACAUUCAAAACCUGCAACGGCAGAUUGAUCUUCUCCGCGAAAACGGCGUACAGACUGUUCAAUCUGUUCAGAACGUUUUCAACAUCCAGAACCAGUCUCUCAUGAGCAUUCAUGCCUCCGUCAAUGCUCUUCAAAAUGCGUUCGCGAUGUCUGUUGCCUCUCAAACUGGUCUACAUCGCUUGACUAUGGCAGAUAAUGAGCUCACUCGUCUUCGCGCUGAACGGUCCUCUAAGGAGCUUUUCUUGCUGAUGGCUCCUAAUGAUGAGGUCAAGGCACAGGUCAAUAACCAGAUCGCUGCGCUUGACAGGGCCAUUCAGCUUCAAGACAAAUUACGAGGUGAGGCUAACGUCUACUAUACGUCACUGGCCGACAGGAUGGCGACUUUCACUUUGACGUCCUCCCUUGACGGGCCCCAACUUCCUCCCCAUCAACACCCUGAAGGCGAGGAGGAUGACCGUCCCCAUCAGCGUCGUCGCCUUGACCCUGUCGGUGAAAAUAACACACCCCAGAUGGAUCAAUCCGUGAGCAUGCCUCCUUUCCUUCACGUUUCUCCUUGUAACCUCGCUUCCUCUCCUCCCACUAUCAGUGAACCCAUUCAAUCACCUUCAAAAAUGCUCCGCACAUCUGGGCGAGAUAUGGGAGAAACUACGCGUCUUUCUUCUUCUUCUACGAAAAUUCAUUUUUCUGUCCCUGUUCUUCUCCAUCUGUUUCUUUUCUUCUGUUUCUUUUCUUCUGUAUCUGCAAAUAUGUCUCAGUCCUUUCGGACUGUCUCUGUGAAUGCGAAUGGUUUUUCUGAUGUGAUGAAACAUUCCGCUUUUUCUAACAUUGUGUCCACCCACCGUCCACAUGCCUGGUUGAUUGCUGAGACCAAGUCCCGUUCCUCGGUGCGUUCACGCAUCAACGUACGAGACUAUAAGGUAUUCGAAUCUCCUGGCCUUAAAGCUGAUAAAACCACCUCGAAAUGGGGCGUUGCUUUAGGAGUUACUGCUUCGUUGCACUCGCAACUGGUCCCUCUGCCGCCCCAACUGGCUGGAAGAGCUGUAUGCGUUGAUGUCGUUCUUCCCUCUGACAGUGGGGGUGCUCCAAGUCCGCAUGACGCUCUCCAUGACUUUUGGGUCUGCAUUUCUCACUUAUGUGCAUCUGCUCAACACUCUUGGCAAGUUAUAGGUGACUUUAAUGUUACUCUCACAUCCUCAGAGGUUAUGGGUGACGCGACAGGCGACAACUAUGCCCGCACCGCGUACCGUGACUUCCUACAUCAGUCUCGUGGGAUUGAUACAUGGGAGAACCAGAAUGAUAAUGAUGCUCGUCAUGUGUACACCUUCAAUGCCUACAAUGGCACUUGUCGGUCCAUCAUUGACCAUUUGGAUGCAUCCUCAUCUCUAACAUCUGCAUGUUCUCAAGACAGGUCUCCCUACCCGCCUCGCUUCAUAGUCCCCAAACGCCAUGAGUCUUACCGAUUCGAAACGUUUGCAGACCGUGUUGAUUGCCUUGCGCGGGAAGCUCGACUUCAUGAGCAUCCUAUAACAAAUGACUCCGACUAUCAACUUCGAUGGCAGGCUCUAACAGACAUCUUCCUGGCCGCUGGCAACGAGGCUUUUGAUCUCCCCAAUACCUACGACCGCUCGCAUCAGAAGAUAGUAACCCCAACCAUCACUAUCAUUCUUCGCGAGUAUUCUCGCUUGAAUAGGAUGAUUUCUGCCUUGAAAAGACGAUCUCUGCCUCAGUUGUGUGCCCGGAAUCGAUGGACGGGCACCUAUCUUCAGGCCCUUUCUGGUCAUCCCUUCCUUCAUCCAAUUCUGUCCCCUCCAUCACUAUUCUACUCACCUUCUUCUCUUCUGUUUUAUAAAAAGGCUCGCUCUGCUCUCUCCAAGCUUCGAUACAAGGCUGAAAGGGAUGAACGACGUUCGCGCUCCACCAAAGCCGAUAAAAGUCGUCUUAACAGAUGUCUUCUUGGUGGCUCUGCUAAGCGUCUCUAUCCUCCUUCGCAGUUUCAAGGACCUCCACCAGCUAUUUCAAUUCCCGACGACCACAAUCCUAAUGCUCGCAAAUACUUUACCGGUGCCGAUGAUGUUAAGGCUCAAACGAUGGACUACUUUUCUGCAUUGUACUGCAGGAAUGACCGUCCUGACCCACCAAAGCCAUGGAUGGAUUGUCCAUCUGUUCGUUCAAUCAGGGAAAACGUCAGAUGUGAUUCCUUUCAAUGGCCUCAAAAGAUGGACCUGCUUUCUGGCCGCUCUCUGAUUCGUAAAGGUAAUCCCCGACCGGCUCCUGGUCCUGAUCGCUGGGAGAAAUGGAUGGUAAAGAGUCUUCAUGACUUCUCAUUUCAGCUUGUCUUGGAUCUCUGGAACUACUGCAUUGACACCUCUCAUUUCCCUUCUUGUGUUAAGCCCUCUUCUAUUUCCCUCAUUCAUAAACGAGGGGAUGCAACUGAUCUCACUAACUUCCGUGGAAUCUGCACAAGCAACUUAGAUCUGACCUCUUUCCUUGCUCAGCUUGAAACUUGGGCCGACCGCACCAAAACUCCACUAUACAUCGUUCGGCGAGAUCAGAAAAAGGGUUUUGAUCGACUCGAGCCUCAAGGAUUUUACGACGCCAUAAGGGCUUAUGGUUUGCCUUCCUCUAUCAUUGAUUUCGAUAUUUCAGCCCAGAGUGAUGUC